AUGAAUUCGCAGAGACCGCAACUUCAGACUCCGAGGAAAAGGACUCCUUCUUGCGACGUGCAACAGGAGGUGCUUUGUACGACGGUGUGGUGUAUUGAGUGGUGGAAAGGAGGGUGGCUGGAGAGAGGUGAGGCACUAUGUCGUAAGAGAAAUUGGGAGGUGUGCGGGGUUGGGUUGGGUGAUGGGAAUCGAGACAAGAGGAAGGAAAUAAGGAAAAGAGAGAGAAGGAAAAGGGGGGGUAUUAUGGAGGGAAAUGAAGGACUGGAGGGGUGGGUAUUGAAGAAAAGAAAGAAAGAAAGACUGGAGGAAGAAAAAGAAGCAGGAUUGACGUGGUCAAGAUUGGAUAUUUGGAUUCCUUCCCGGGGAGAAUGGAGGCUCGUCUGCUGGUUUUGCGUAGAGUGGAUUUGCGAAAGUGAGAUGAUUGAGAGACAGGAGGUUGAUUUCGAGAUACGAGUGAAGUAUGAUGAGAACGAUACCUUGGAUGAUGGUAAGGAUAAGGACGAGGAUGAGGAGGAGGAGGGCAAAAAGACAUUCUAG